UGAAACUACUCUGUGUAUACACACACGUACAUGAUGUCCAUGUACGUAAUGAAUAAUGGCUGCCCUUCAAAAAGGGCCACUCUCGGAGUAUCCACUGCAUGAAAGCGUGUUCAGCGACGAUAAAAGAAGACUUUCUGCUCUUUUACGUAAACAUGAUGUAGCUGAGAAGGAUGUCCAUGGGAAUACAGCACUUCAUCUGGCUGUCAUGCUUGGUUAUAAAGAGUGUAUUCACUUGUUGCUAGCCCAUGAUGCACCUGUCAGAUUAAAAAACCUUCAAGGAUGGACUCCAUUAGCGGAAGCAGUCAGCCGCGGAGACAGACAAACAAUUACGAUGUUAUUAAGGAAGCUGAAACAACAAUCAAGGGAAUUGCUAGAAGCAAAGCGCCCUCAACUCAUUCAAGCUUUAGAAGACCUAGGAGAUUUCUACCUUGAACUCAGAUGGGAUUUCCAAAGUUGGGUGCCUUUAGUUUCCAGAAUGCUUCCAUCAGACACAUGUCGUAUUCUUAAGAGAGGAACGCGCGUACGGAUGGAUACAACGCUAGUUGAUUUCAAUGAUAUGAGGUGGCAAAGAGGCAAUAACACAUUUCUAUUCAAUGGUGAUGCAAAACCAGAUAACUCCUUAGUGGUUCUGGAUAACGACAAUAAACUCUACCAGAGAGUCCGAUAUGAGGAAACGGAGAAGGAAAUGGAAGAGGAAGUAGACAUUAUUAUGAGUAGUGACAUUGUCACGGUAACCAUGUCAACUAAACCAAUCACAUUCAAUCGUGCACAGAGUGGCUGGUUAUUCAGGGAAAACAAGAGUGAAAUGGUUGGUAACUUCUAUGCAAAUUUCUACACCAUCAAUAACGUGAUCAUUGAGACAAGAAAAAGGAGAGAGCAUUUAUCAGAAGACGAUGUACAGAAGAAUAAAACAGCUUUAGAGAAUUUGAGCAAAGGUGCUGUGUUACCAACAAACCUCCAACCUCAUUACAGACAGUCAUUAACAUCACCACCGCCCAAUGAUAUACCAUGGACUGAAUACAUCAAAGCUAGACCAGGACGAUCCCACCUCGGCAGACAACAAGUAUCUAAAGAAACAAAGAAGAUAUUCAAGGCUUCAAUAGCAAUGAGUGAGGACUUUCCAAUGGAGAUACCAGAUCUGCUGAAUAUUCUAGAAGUACUAACACCGAUGAGACACUUCCAGAAACUACGAGAUUUCAUCUCAAUCAAAAUGCCAACUGGAUUCCCUGUUAAAAUAGAUGUGCCAGUCCUGCCUACCAUAACAGCUCGAGUUACAUUUCAAGACUUCCAGUAUCGAGAUAACAUCGCCUCAUCUCUCUUUAGAAUCCCUCGGGAUUAUACUCAAGAUUCAAGCCGCUUCCCAGAGCUCUAACACCAGCUAGCAAAACAACUCACCAAAGAUUCAGGCAAGCGUUACACACGAUUCCUCUGCUAUCAAUGAAGUUCUCUUCCAAUUGCUUCAAGUAUUUAUUAACUUACUGAGUAUCUUAUGUUAUAUUCUGAGUAAUAUGUUGGUUAACUAUUCAUCUGAUGCUUAAAGGCGCUCGACACUAUUGGUAAAUAAUUGUUAGCAUAAAAUAACUUACUUGCUAACGAGCAAUGGAGAGCUGUUGAU